UCCUUGCAAAACCGUACUGUUAUUGAUGUAACACACGCUUUGAUAAGGAAGUAGAUAGUUAACUCUAGUUUGUGGAGUUUGAUAAAUAGCUAGCAAGUCCUAUAACAUGGCAGUGAGCGCAGUUCACCUCGAAUCAGAUGCCUUUUUGGUUUGCAUGAAUCAUGCAUUAAGUACCGAGAAGGAGGAAGUAAUGGGACUCUGCAUCGGAGAGGUGGACACCAACAGCAUCGUCCACAUUCACUCUGUUAUUAUUCUGCGACGCUCAGACAAGAGGAAGGAUCGCGUGGAAAUCUCGCCUGAGCAGCUAUCUUCAGCUGCUACCGAAGCUGAGAGGUUGGCUGAUAUGACUGGACGGCCGAUGCGUGUAGUUGGUUGGUACCACUCUCACCCCCACAUCACUGUGUGGCCAUCACAUGUGGGUAAGAGCCAGAGCACCCCUCUACCACAUCAGUUCCACAACUUUAGUUUUCACUGUCAUGGCAAACUGUUUCAGUUGGCGUGUCUGUGUCAUUCAUUUUCUACAACAGAUGUAAGGACACAGGCCAUGUACCAAAUGAUGGACCAGGGCUUUGUUGGGCUGAUAUUCUCCUGUUUCAUUGAGGAUAAGAACACAAAAACUGGUCGAGUUCUCUACACCUGCUUCCAGUCUGUACAAGCCCAGAAAGGCUCUGAGUACGAGAGAAUCGAGAUCCCAAUUCAUGUGGUCCCACAUGAGGCCAUUGGGAAAGUGUGCCUUGAAUCAGCAGUGGAGCUCCCAAGAAUCCUCUGCCAGGAAGAGCAGGAUACCUACAGAAAGAUUCACAGCUUAACUCACCUGGAUCCGAUCACGAAGAUACACAAUGGCUCAGUGUUCACUAAGAACCUGUGCAGUCAGAUGUCUGCUGUGAGUGGUCCCCUGCUGCAGUGGCUGGAGGACCGUUUGGAGCAGAACAGACAGAGCGUCAUUGAGCUGCAGCUGGAGAAGGAGAGACUAACUCAGGAGCUGGUAACCAUGUGAGAGAGAAAGGUGUCAAAGGAGAUGACUCAUUCACUCUCUGAUUACUUGUAGUUAUGAAUGUUUUCAUGAGUUUAUGGAAAUGUACAGUGCAUUUGGGAAGUAUUCAGACCACUUUUUCUACAUUUUGUUAUGUUACAACCUUAUUCUAAAAUGUAUUAAAUAAAUAUUUUUCCUCAAUAUACACCCAAUACCCCAUAAUGACAGUGAAAACAGGUUUUUAGAGAUGUUAGCAAAUGUAUUACAAAUAAAAACAGAAAUACCUUAUUUAUGUAAGUAUUCAGACCCUUUACCAUGAGUCUUGAAAUUGAGCUCAGGUGCAACCUGUUUCCAUUGAUCAUCCUUGAUGUUUCUACAACGUGGAGUCCACCUGUGGUAAAUUUCAAUUGAUUGAACACGAUUUGGAAAGGCACACACCUGUUUAUAUACAGUGCAUGAAAGUGCAAAAACCAAGCCAUGAGGUUGAAGGAAUACACUGUAGAAACCUAAUGUAAGACAGGGUUGGGUCGAGGCACAGAUCUGGGGAAUAAUAUAAAAUGUCUGCAGCAUUGAAGAUCCCCCAAGAACACAGUGUGGCCUCCAUCAUUCUUCAAUGGAAAACGUUUGCCACCACCAUGGCUCUUCCUAGAGCUGGCCUCCCUGCCAAACUGCAAUCGGGGGAGAAGGGCCUUCAUCAGGGAGGUGACCAAGAUCCCGAUGGUCGUUCUGACAGAGUUCUAGAGUUCCUCUGUGGUGAUGGGAGAAUCUUCCAGAAGGACAACCAUCACUGCAGCACUACACAAUCAGGUCUUUAUGGUAGAGUGGACAGAUGGAAGCCACUCCUCAGUAAAAUGCACAUGACAGCCUGCUUGGAAUUUGCCUAAAGGAUCUCAGACCCUGAGAACCAAGAUUCUCUGGUCUGAUGAAACCAAGAUUGAACUCUUUGUCCUGAAUGCCAAGUGUCAUGUCUGGAGGAAACCUGGCACCAUCCCUACGGUGAAGCAUGGUGGUGGCAGCAUCAUGCUGUGGGGAUGUUUUUCAGCGGCAGGUGACUGGGAGACUAGUCAGGACCGAGGGAAAGAUGAACAGGGCAAAGUAUGGAGGCGCACAAUUGCUCCGGAGCGCUCAGGUCCUCAAACUGGGUCGAAGAUUCACCUUCCAACACGUCAAUGACCCUAAGUACACAGCCAAGACAACGCAGGAGUGGCUUUGGGCAAGUUUCUGAAUGUCUUUGAGUGGCCCUGCCAAAGCUGAACUUGAACCCGUUUGAACAUCUCUGGAGAGACCUGAAAAUAGCUAUGCAGUGACGCCCCCAUCCAACCUGACAGAGCUUAAGAGGUUCUGCAGAGAAGAAUGGGAUAAACUCCCCAAAUACAGAUGUGCCAAGCUUGUAGUGUCAUACCCAAGAAGACUCUAGGCUGUAGUCGCUGCAGAAGGGGCUUCAACAAAGUACAGAGUGAAGGGUCUGAAUACUUAGAGUACCGGUCAAAAGUUUGCACAUACCUUCUCAUUCUAGGGUUUUUCUUUAUUUUGACUAUUUUCUACUUGGUAGAAUAAUAGUGAAGAUAUCAUCAAAACUAGUAAAUAACACAUGGAAUCAUGUAGUAACCCCAAAAAAGUACUAAAAUUUCAGCUUUUUAUUUGCUAAAAUGUCUAAACAGUUUUUUGCUUUGUCAUUAUGGGGUAUUGUGUGUAGAUUGAUGAAGCAAAAAAAACCAAUUUCAUACAUUUUAUAAUAAGGCUGUAACGUAACAAAAUGUGUAAAAAGUCAAGGGUAUAAAUUCUUUCCGAAUGCACUGUAUUUCUAUUCCAAAACAUUAACCCACUCAGCUCCUGCAGAGUUUGAGUUCUAUGUGAGGCUUUUGGUCGGAUAACCUCAGAAUGUGUUGGUUCUCAUUCUGAUAGAAUGGCAUUAGUAGGGGCAAUUUGUAAUGAACUAUUUCAUAUGAAGGAGGGGUGGUGGAAGAGUUAGGAUAUCUGUUUGGUUAAUAUGGCAUUGUUAGCUAAAUUAUGUUUUUUAUGUAAUUUUAUACCUGUAUUUUGGUGUAUUAAUUUUAGCUUAUUUAGUAGUCAGUUGCUUAGUCAUCGUGUGCCUUGUCAUGCUUGUAUGGGUUCUGUUUGAGGGAUUAAACCCCCCCCCCCCC